CGGCGUUCUAUCGCCAGUAUGGAAGCGGCUACGGGGCAUGUACUGUCCCAGGCUAUGUCCGAGCUGUCCUCCUGCCUCGGGCGCUCUAUCGUCAUUCCUCGUACCCCGGCCGGUUACGCGGAGCUCUUCCAGGCGGUGGUGGUAUGGGCAGCACCGGGAUCGGACCCGGUCAGUCAGCAGAAAACGUCUGACAGAGCAAGCGCUGCCGCCAGAGCGGUCCUCUGUGUGCUGGAUGCUUUAAGAGCCACAUCACGUGACAACCUUACUACCGCAGGGGCGGGGUCGGCGUCUUUAGAGAAAACUGGGGACCAAAUACUGAACAAGGAGGUGCAGCUUCAGAGUGGGAAAGGAAAUGUUCCUGAAUUGCCAGUGGAUGUGGCUUCUAAACCUGAUAAAGGAGCAUGUAGUUCCUCUGGGAGUACAUUGGAUUCCUUGGGGGUGGGAUCUGUGGAUCUUCAGCGUGUCCUGGCCUGUGUUACCGCCCCGCUCCUCCUGCUGUGUGGGGCGCACAUUCAGGAGAAACCAUGGACGGAUUCAUGUUCCCGGUCUUUGGCUGAACAGUUGCUGCAGACAUUACUGCGGAUGUCGGACUGUGACUCUGUAGCUGACCUUCUGAAGGGACCCAAUCGUCGCGAGCCAGACUAUGUUAUAUUCAGGGAGGCGUUGGGGCUUCUUGGACUGCGUCUACGCAAAGACACAUGGGAAUUACACCCAGAUGCAAAGCUGGUCUUCUCCUGGAUGCUGUAUCAGGUUCCCCGACCUUGGCUUUCUGACUUCCUUGGUAGAGUUAUGCCACCAUCGCUCCUCUUCUCUGAUGACUACAAGCCGGAGAACAAAGUGCUGGGAGUACAGUGCCUGCAUCACAUCAUCAAGAAUGUGCCAGCAGCAGACUUGAGGCAGUACAAUCGGGCAAUGGUUGUUUAUCAUGCAUUGCGUAACCACCUAUAUACAACAGAGGCUGAGGUUAUUGAGGUAGUCCUGCCAUGCCUGAUGGACUUGUUUCCUGUCCUACACAAACCUCCACCAGCCAUGGGCUUAUUUCAGAAAGAUGGAGAGAACCCGACAGACCAGGUGAUGCAGCUGAUCCUCACACACAUGGAGAUGGAGCAUAAGAUAGCCCUGCGGCGCCUGUAUGCCCGCAACCUACCUGCCCUCCAAGAAAGGCUAGGUGUAAGGGUAGUCCGCCACAUGAAAAGGCUGCUGCGUGUCAUAGUUGGUUAUCUGGAGGUCUAUGAUGGACCAGAAGAAACUGUCCGGCUAUGUAUCCUGGAUACCUUACAGGGGACCAUCAAGUAUGCAUGGCCUAGAAUCCCACCCAGAAUACCACUGCUAGUGAAGGCACUACUGAAACUGAUGUAUGAUGUCUCCGCUGACCCAGCCCAGCAUUCUGAGCCAGUUCGGGAAGCUUUACUGCACAGUGCCACAGAGUGUCUGGUGCUUCUAGACUGUUGUUCCAACGGACAAGUCAAGACUGCACUGGAAGGAGUCAACACGAUUUGUAAGGAUCAUGACAUGGAGAAGUACAUUAACAGAGUGCUACAGGAUGCACACCAGUGA